UUAAUUGGGGAACCGCCCAUUAGCGCCCCCAAAAUGAAUGAGGAUUGAUGACUAGUGGUUAGUGCCCUUUUGCCCACUCCGGCACUCCGGCACUACUUCGCUUUUCGCUCAAAUGAUAAAUCUCUCCCCACCGGGCGAUCGCCCGCGCCAAGCUGUCUCAUCGAGGAGGAUCUGGGUGAGGGAUUUUCUGUCGAGUCAAGUUGUCUGUCGUCGUCGUCGACGUUGUCGUUGUUGUUGUCGUCUGCGUCUGGCAGGCGCCGCGCUUUCACCCGAGGUUUCUCGCGCCCGCAAAGAGCCCUGGAUAGCAACGAGGACAACCCAGACGUUCCCGUCUGAUGGUUUGGCAUGUCGCAUAACACGAGCACAUCUGCUCCUAAUUUUUCCGCCGCGCCGCAUCACAGCGUGCAGAUUCUCCAAGCCUUCCUAUUUGUCCAGACCCUGCACAAGGGUAUUUGUGCAGCUUGCCAUGAGGCAAAUAUGUCAUCCCGAUCGUUCUUCCCCGUCCUUUUGCCCCCCCCCAUGGAUCUCGAGCGAGAGGGUGAGACACACGAGAGGCGGGCUCACGUUCUAAAGACUCCAGUGGACUAGGACUCAGUAACUGGACUCCAUAAACUGCCCCCACGGACGGGAGCUCCUACUGUUCAUCGGGAGCUCCAUCCCACACCCACCCACCGUGACAAUAAUUAACGGGCCAGCCGUCCCCAGUUUGAGCAGCAGCCAAUGCCAAUGUUGGAGAAACCGAGCAAAACGAGCAACGACGCUGGAGGGAUUUUAACCGCAGCAGCUACUCGAUCCUUAGAAUAGAUAGCUGCCAGACCACUAGCCUAGUCUGACAAGCUACCUGGUACCUACGCGACAUCUCCCCCAGCUCCCCCAUUAUAUCCAAC